GAAACGAACGGGUGUACCGUUGACUGAUAACCAAGAUUUGGAGAGUAUCGAAUACAUCAAAUCCGUUUAAGAACAUUAUUUUCGAAGAUGAAAAUGCUGGGAAUGCAUACAUUUCAAAUAUUGUUGAAGAUGUACAUUUCGAUGUGAAUAAGUGCAUCAACAAUAGUUAUGAGGAUGAUGUUCGGCUGAAAAAAAUCCUAGAAAACAAGUAAUAGACAGAAUUCAAGUGAAGAAAAUCUUCGAAGUAGGUCCGAAAGUGAAGAUUCUAGAAAACUAGUAAUUGACCGAAUUCAAGUGAAGAAAAUGUUCGAAGUGAGUUCCAGUUCCAUUGAAGAUGGUUGUGGUGGGAGUAAAUGAUCCGUACAGGUUUUGGAUCUCUACCAACUUCAUAGAAAUGAAGGAACUUAUGAAGGAGAUGCAGGAAUUUUAUAAAAAUCAUUCAGACAGAGAUUCAAUACCCGUAAAAUGUCUGCAGAAGAAUUACUGUGUGGCUCCUUUAAAUGGAAUCUACUCAAGAGCUACCAUAGUAGACUUGGAAAAUAAUUCUGAUCCGGUCAAACUAUUCUUCAUUGAUUUCGGGCAAGUCUCUGCUCAAAAACCAGAAAACAUUUUUCCUCUAACUGAAGAUUUCAUGAAGCUUCCGGCUCAAGCUGUGAGAGCUUCUAUCGAUGGUAUUCAGCCGCCAUACAAAGGCACCCUAUGGUCGGAUGAAGCGUGUCGGAUAUUCGAGAAUUCCCUAUUAUUAAAAGAAAUCAGAGCGGAAGUGGUGGAGCUGGAUGAAUUCCAGAACGCUCUUAAAAUAAAAAUCUCAGCUCCAAUCAAUUCCGUUCUGGUAACGAAUGGACACGCCAUCUUCAAUAGGGUGCCCCAGAAGGAAGUUGAGGCCUCAGCUGAAACCAAAUUAAAAGAAAAGAUAAAAGUUAUACCAACUUUCCACGAUCUGGAAAAUUGGAGAGUUCCGUGGAAUUUCCAAAGUUACUUAAAAAUUUCCAAGUAACUGUGAUUUUGAUAGGAGAACUCCAUCUUCAAAAACCUUGAAUAUUACGCAAAGAAUACAUUGAAAAUGAAAAAAUAUUAUCUUCUCUUCCUAACCCAAAUUUCAUAAGCUUCAGUUUUAUUCAUAGAAGUAUUUUUUUAAUCAAGUUAUUAAUUUUUGUUAUGAUUUUACUAUUUGAAAAUAAUAAACUUCUGAUUUUUUU